GUGAAGGAUAAGAAGAAAAGGAGUCACAUGUAGCCAGGCCUGCGGAUUGUUGGAGUCGACUACGGCAGAAUAACCGUGCGAGGGGCUGGGCCAAGAUGACGGCGAAUUACUUGGCGGUUCCGCUGAAAAAGACCUCCGAGGUCGACAUAAUUAAACCAUUGGCCAACGUAAUAUCUGCCUACUACUCCACCGCCGACGACCCGUCCAACUACAACGAAGCCCUGACGGAGCUGAACAAGCUUCGCAUGAACGCAACAUGGAGAACCCUCGACAAGCACGAAAGUUCGUUGGAUAUUAUGUACAGGUAUUACGAUCAGCUUACGUCGCUCGAAUCCAAGGUUCCACCCAACGACAUACAGAUACCAUUCAAAUGGAAGGAUGCGUUCGACAAGGGUGGAUUCUUUAGUGGAACAGCCAGCUUAACACUCUCUUCUCUUAGCUAUGAAAAGCUUUGCAUCCUCUUCAACAUCGCUGCAAUGCAAUCCCAGAUUGCAGCAGGCAUGGGUGCUGACAUUAGUGAUGACGAAGGACUGAAGACUUGCGCAAAGUACUUUCAGCAAGCCAGCGGGAUCUUCCAGCAGAUGAAGCACUGUGCACCCAAUGUGCAUCACGACCUGACUCCCGACCUUGAAGCUGACACGGUGUCUGCCCUGCAGGCAUUGAUGUUAGCGCAAGCACAGGAAAGCUUCUUCCGCAAGGCAACUGCUGAUAAAAUGAAAGACAUGAUCAUAGCAAAAGUAGCAUCACAGUGUGAAGAGCUGUACGGUGAUGCAGCGAAACAAAUGGGAAGAGAUUCUCUCAAGAGCAUAUGGGAUAGGGAAUGGCUUCCGAUAGUGGUCAGCAAACAGGCAGCGUUCGGCGCCAUAGCACAGUACCACCAGGCACUGUUGUGCCACGCAAACAAGAACGUUGGCGAAGAGUUGGCAAGGCUACAGCAUGCCAUGGACCUGAUGAAGACCUCCGAAGCACAAGCUGGGCCGUCGUUCUCAUUUCGCGACGAGGUCAGAAAGAUCUCCCUCUUGUACGAGGAUGUCAAGAAGGACAACGACUUCAUCUACCAUGCCCGCGUGCCUGAGAUCAGGAGCCUGUCGGCCAUUGGAAAAGCUGUGCUAGCCAAGCCUCUGCCGGUCCCCGAGAAGUUCAGCACUUCCGGUCAAGAUCUUUUUAGUGCCUUGCUGCCAGUGUCUGUCAGUCAGGCCGUGCAAAAGUUCGAGGUCCGGAAGACUGAGAUUGUGAAUGGGGAGAUUGCCCGGCUAAGGCAGCAGACUCAGUUCCUGAAUGGGGUGCUAGCGUCCAUGAACCUGCCAGCUGCCUUGGAAGACACGACGGGCAACAGCCUUCCUCCCAGCAUUCGGGACAAGGCUGAAGCCGUCAGGGCCAAAGGUGGCAUCCAGGCCAUUCGGAAGCUGAUCAGUGACCUCCCUGUGCUGCUCGAGAGGAAUCGCGAAAUUCUCAACGAGGGUGAGCGACUUCUGAAGGAAGAAGAAGAGUCCGACCGAGAGCUGCGAGCGCAGUUUCGGGAGCGAUGGACACGCAGUCCUUCGGAGAAACUCAAUGAACCUCUGCGAAACAGCCUGGCCAAGUACAAGGAGAUCAUGCGUGUGGCUACCGAGGCAGACAAGACGGUGCAGGAGAAGUUUCAAAAGCACCAGCGCCACAUUGAGCUGCUCAGCGCAUCAGAUGGUGAACUCCAGAACGGCAUUCCUUCGGGAAACCCCACAGCGUCGAACUCUCCCUGCGUUCAGCGCCUGAGGCAGCUCAUGGAGGAAGUGGAGACCAUCAAGGCAGAGCGCGAAGCCAUUGAGUCGGAGCUCAAAAGCUCUACUCUUGACAUGAAGCCAAAGUUCCUGGCUGCCCUGACUCAGGACGGCUCGAUCAACGAGCAGGCUCUCUCUGUGGAGAUGCUUGGGGAAGCAUAUGGUCCACUCCAGAAGCAGGUGUCGGAGAGCAUUGCCAAAGAGCAGCAAGUUGUACAAAGCAUUCAGGCUGCAAAUGCCGAGUUCUGUCAGGAGAAGCAAGGAAGUGGUGGAAACAAUCGCGAAGAUGUCCUGAAGGAUCUUGCCGCUGCCCAUGACAUGUACAUGGAGUUGACUGCCAACUUGGAAGAAGGCACCAAGUUCUACAAUGACCUCACCCAAAUCCUGCUCGCCUUCCAAAACAAGAUCAGUGAUUUCUGCUUUGCUCGGAAAACUGAGAAGGAAGAAUUGAUGAAGCACCUGCAGCAGUCGAUUGUCAACAAGCCUGCACAGACUGCCCCUACACCACCGUCGUAUGCCGGUGGAUCUGCAGUCAGCAAGACGCCGCCUCCGCGGCCCCCUCCGCCAGUGACAACCAGCAGCUCUGCGACUAUGGGCGGGGGAGGUGCCGGGGCACCGCCCUACCCACUGCAUGGUCCUCAAGGGAUGCCGCAGCCCCAGGUGGCAUACCCAGGGUAUCCACAGUACCCGGGCUACACGCCCUACCCGGCUGUGCCCAUGCCCACCGUCUACAACCCUUACGCACAGCCGGCUUACCCUGGAGGCGGGGCUGUUCCCCAACAGUACCAGCCGUAUCCACAGUAUCCACCCGCCCAGCACCAGUAUCCAGCGUAUCCUUACCCACGGCAGCCACAAUGAACAUCAUUCCAGUUCUGCAGCAGCCAAGAGAAUAGAUUAGAUUGCACAGUUGUGGUUAACACUGUAUGCUUGUUUUAUUUUCUUUGCAUAUUGUUGCUACUAACAGAUCUGUCACUGGUGUUUUACUUUGCAGCCUGCUUUUUAUCUGUUGUGGCCAAAGUGAGCUUCGAUAUUGGCAAUGAAAAACACUGUUGAAUGCCUGAAAUGCUUAAUUGGUGCAGUUUUUAACGAAAGUGGGGAUGAUUGUUAUACCUUAGUUGAAAGGCUUUUUUGUUUUGUUUUCUUCAUGCGUCUGAGGGCCCUAUGUAUACAUCGCUUUCACUUUUUUGAAAGUAUCGACUGCUGUUAAUGUGAUCAACAAUGAAAUCAUCUCAGAUCAACUUAAGGCUGUACACUUGGUUUGAAAUUGUUCUCCCGUCCUUGUGUUGGAAUUGUGCUUUCGUUGCCUGCUGAUUCAGUGUAAUUAUGCCUUGUGAUUUAAUAAAGAGUGACAGCCAAAAUUGUCACUUCACAGUU